UGGCGUCUGCCGUGAAUUGCUUUAGUGUCGUAGAAGUUUGUUGCUGUAUCUGCGGAUGUUUGCCAGCUCGGAUUGUGUGUUAGAUAAAGAUGCUUCUAGGAAAAAGGUCGAACGCUUUCUGCUUCGGAUUAAAGAGAAACGCGGAACUGUUUGGAAGACUCGUGUUAUAAAUGUAGCCGCUAGGUUGUAAUUAUGGAUCCACGCGGACAGACCGAGCUCGAUUUCUCCAGGAACAGUCAAGUCAAAUCGGUGACAGAUGUCUGGCGUAACAGGACAAAGACCAGUGCGACAAACACCCUCUUCCUUAUCAACAUUACAUAUUUUUAAACGAGUUAAUUUGAUACUUUAUGGGUAAACUCGUGGCUUGUUGUCGUUGCAGGGCUCGGUUUUUAUUCUAUCUAAGCUAACUGUUCAUCUUGAGUUUGACCCAUUUAUUUACAUUUUGACCGCAACAGUAACGAUGCGGUUCUGGGUCAGGAAGACCGGCUUUUAGCUCCAACUAACUCCCUCUACGCUUCUGAAGAUUGUUAAUCUGAGUUAAUGGAGUCCGACGACGACGUCCCCAUCCUGAGCUGGGACGAAGCGAACAACAGCUUGUUCAUCGAGGAGACGGACAGAGGAGACGAGAAUGGAGGAGGCAAUUAUGACAUAGUGAACAACACUGUGAUCUCAACUCCUGGACCGCAGAACAGCAGAAACCAGAAUGUGACCCUAAAGCAAAGCUGGGAGAUGAACUACCAGGAGGCGGCCAUCUACCUGCAGGAGGGAGAAAACAACGACAAGUUUUUUACGCAUCCACAAAACCCCAAAGCGCUGGCAGCGUACCUGUUUGUUCACAACCACCUGUUCUACAUGAUGGAGCUGCUGACAGGCCUGCUGCUGCUGAUGCUGUCGCUGUGUGAAGCUCCCGCCGUGCCUUCACUGCGCCUGGAUGUCUACGUCCAUGCUACUCUGGAGCUGCUGGCUUUGGUGAUGGUUGCAUUUGAGUUAUGCAUGAAACUGCGUUGGUUAGGCUUCCACACGUUCAUACGGCACAAGAGGACCAUGGUCAAGACGUGUGUACUACUGCUGCAGUUUGUGGAGGCUAUCGUGGUUCUAAUAAGACAAACGUCCCACGUGAGAAUAACCAGAGCGCUCAGGCCCAUUUUCCUGGUGGACUGCAGAUACUGCGGUGCAGUGCGCAGAAACCUGCGUCAGAUCUUCCAGUCCCUCCCAUCGUUCAUUGACAUUCUCCUGCUGCUGCUUUUCUUCAUGGUGAUUUUUUCCAUUUUGGGUUUCUGCCUCUUCUCCACAAACACCGCCGACCCGUACUUCAACACGCUGGAGAACAGCCUUGUCAGCCUCUUUGUGCUGCUGACCACAGCAAACUUCCCUGAUGUGAUGAUGCCAGCAUACUCCAAAAACAGCUGGUCUUGUGUUUUCUUUAUCGUUUACCUCUCCAUAGAGCUGUAUUUCAUCAUGAACCUGCUCCUAGCUGUGGUAUUUGACACGUUUAAUGAUGUUGAGAAGAUGAAGUUUAAAUCUCUCCUGCUUCACAAGCGCUCCGCCAUCGAUCACGCUUUUCAGCUGCUAGUUAGCCGACAGAGGCCGAUGGGGGUGUCUCUGAAACAGUUUGAUGGUCUGAUGCGAUAUUACAGACCACGAAUGUCUGCCAGAGACCGCUACCUCACCUACAAAGCUCUAAACACUUCGGGGGCCACAAUGCUCAGUCUCCAGGACUUCUACAAAUUCUAUGAGGUCAUUGGUCUUAAAUGGAAGGCACGACGGAGUGGAGAGCACUGGUUUGAUGAUCUUCCUCAUACAGCCUUCCUCAUUUUUAAAGGGAUCAACUUGCUUGUGAAGUCAAAAGCCUUCCAGUAUGCCAUGUAUGUGGUGGUGGCCAUCAACGGUGUGUGGAUCCUGGUGGAGACAUACACACUGAAUAGCGGUUACUCCUGGUCUAAAUUUGUUCCCUGGAGUUACAUUGUUUUCCUGACCAUUUAUGGAGUAGAAGUGUUACUGAAAAUUGCAGGUUUGGGACCCAUGACUUAUUUCAGCUCUGGCUGGAAUCUGUUUGACUUCUCAGUGACGGUCUUCGCCUUCUUGGGUCUGAUCGCUCUGGCGUUCAAUAGAGAGCCUUUUUAUUUCAUUGUGGUUCUCCGGCCGUUCCAGCUGCUCCGGUUGUUUAAGAUCAAGCAGAGGUAUCGUAAUGUGUUGGACACCAUGUUUGAGCUUUUCCCCAGGAUGGCGAGUCUGGGACUGACGCUGAUCAUCUUCUACUACUCCUUUGCCAUUGUGGGAAUGGAGUUCUUCGCCGGAGUUGUUUACCCAAACUGCUGCAACACCAGCACAGUCGCUGACUCCUACAGGCAGAUAAAUGUUACGCACGGCAACACAACAGUGUUGGAAGAAGGCUACUAUUAUCUGAAUAACUUCAACAACAUUCUCCGCAGCUUUGUGACUCUGUUUGAAUUGACUGUUGUUAAUAACUGGUACAUUACCAUGGAAGGAGUGACUUCUAUGACGAGCCACUGGAGCCGCCUGUACUUCAUGACGUUUUACAUCGUCACCAUGGUGGUGAUGACCAUCAUUGUAGCUUUUAUUUUGGAUGCCUUUGUUUUCCGAAUGAACUACAGCCGAAAGAACCGUGAGCCCGUGGACAAUCCAGAGGAUGAAAACGGGAUCGUGUUUGAAGUAGAGGUGAGCCGGGAUGAGGCUCUGACCACGCUUGAGCUCUACAGGCAGACCUGCCUGACGCCAUCCUCCCUCAGCUCUCUGACAGGAGUCCUACAAGCCAUGGACAAGAGCGGGCACUCGUCUCUCGUGUACCAAGGUCGCCGCUCCAGGACUAAAAGUGAUCUCAGCAUGAAAAUGUAUGAAGAGGAGAUUCAGCAGGAGUGGUAUGCAGAAUAUUCAAGGGAAAAUCUCUCCCAGCAAGACCAGAUCCUGGAUCCAGAUCCCGACAGUCCUGCCUCUGAGAGCACACAGACUAGACACCACAGUAUUAACUAAAGCACAGGAAAACGACAGCACUUCCAGUGACCCCACACUUAACUCCUCCUUCAUAGAAGGAACAAAUCUGGGGCCUUUUGGACGACGAGUUGAUGGCGGCUGAUGCUGGAGUCGGAUGUUGGCCUUUAAAAAUGUUGGCAGAAAGCUUGUACUACCACAUCAAUUGUGCCCUAUUGUAAAUAAUUUAGUAAUUUUACCUGAUGCCUUAGUUUAGCGGCACAUCUGAUCAGCAUUAACACAAAUAGAAAGCUUUUUUUUUACUUAAAGAAAAGACUAAAACAUGUUUACUUCUUUUAGCUCAAACCACAGUUAUGGUGUAAAGUUUCUUUUAAUUGUCUUAGCAGACUCAAAAGUAUUUUAUAUAACUACUCAUUCUUAAAUGUAUUUGAGAGUAUGAGGGAUUAUAAUAAACUAUUUAAAUGAAAAA